AUGGUAGACGAACGUUUCGUCUUUAAGACGGAAUGGUUCGACGGCGUCGCCUCCUUGAUUCGGCCGUAUCAGUUGAGCUUCUACCCGAAGGAUUCGACAACCGAACUCUACGACAUCAAAGGAAAGAAGCUCUUUUUAAAGCGGUCUGACGUCGGUUCGGUGAAGCAAGACAAACUCUACAUAGGCUCGACACUAUGUACACAGCAAUUUUGAUCUCGCCUUUUCUUUUGAUGCGAAGCUAAUGGGUAACUAAAACUAAGUAACCUGUAAGAACUACUGGAAGUCAAGCUCUGUCUCAGAUGAUGAAGUUUUUUUUUUUCUAAUCAAGGUUUCUACUUCAUCUGGUAUCGAUGAGUCACUUUCACUUGCACUCAAUCGAAAAGCGUAAGGAGACAUGACAUGACCACACGAUCAAUCAAAUCCUACCACUUGUCAGGAGACAUCAAGCAAUCAAACAACACUAGGUGUCCACUCACGGCAAAUGAAAAUCGUGGAUUAUGGCGAUGUUUAUACGUCAAAAGUAUUCGGGGACAAAAAAUCAAAAACGCUGGCGCUCAUAAAACCUGAUGCAUACCAGCACAUUGGUACAUCAGAAUCAGCUACAGCUGAUGAGAUGCAUGCAUCAUAGUAGUUGUGAUUAUUGGCAAAAACAGGUACAAAUAGGACAUCAGCGGCUAUGUCCUCUUUCAUGAUAAUUGGAAGAUGUUUAUGAAACUACUGUUAAAAUCUAAAUCAUAAUUUCAUGAUGGCGAAAUCAGGUAAAAUCAUCCAAGUAAUAUUGGAAAACGGGAUGCUUAUUGCGAACAUUCAGAUGCUAAAAAUGACACGAGCCUUCGCAGAGGAGCAGUACGCAGAGCAUAGGGGUACCCCGCUUGAUGGAUUUCAGUGGAGAUCUGAAUUAGAUCAAGACAAUGCAAAAUUAUCCUCUCCAUCAAUUACAGCUUUAAUUUCAAAAUCAUUCUCUCCACGCACAGGGAAACCUUUCUACGAAAAUUUGAUAAAUUUUAUGACAUCGGACGUGUGUGUGGCAAUGGAGUUGAUUGGGAAAAACGCAGUAUCCUCAUGGCGGGCCCUUAUGGGUCCAACUAACACGCAGAAGGCAAGGUAAGACCUAACGCCUGGUAGUAUUGGCAAACAUUUGACGUUAAUACAUAAUGAUAUGACCUGGUAGUAUUGAUGCUGAUGAGAAGCAUUUAUCGUUAAUUAUACACAGAAAUAAACAUUUACAUUUCAUAAUUUUAACAGAUAGAUGUACCUAUAUAUAAUGAGUAGUACUACAUCAUACAAUUACAACGAACUUCUCGUUCUCCCUAAAAAAUGUGAGCAGAAAACUACUGUGGGCUAACAAAUGUGACAUACACUAAGAAUGUCAUCUUUGUAUAUCAUUACCUUUUUGACAUUCAUGUUCAUAAAUACACCUCGUUCAUCAGGGAAGAGGCACCGUCAAGUAUCCGAGCACGGUUCGGAACAGACGGAACGCGGAAUGCGGCACACGGAAGCGAUAGCAGCCUUAGCGCGGCACGAGAAAUCGAAUUAUUUUUUGGAAAGAAUGCUCACCUACCAACAACCGCAAUAUUCAACAACUGCACACUGUGUGUUAUCAAGCCGCACGCAAUGGUGCUCCUAACAACUGAGGUUUUUUUGUUUGCGUACGCUUAUUCUGUUUCAAGACUAGCACAUGUACUACACAUACACUUGUAUCCUCCAACAAGCUUGUUAUUGACUUUCUCGUUACAAACAACGUAACAAAUGAAUUCUGAUCAGAAACACACGGGAGUAAUUGUAGACCGCAUCCUGGAGGAAGGCUUCGAAAUAUCCGCUAUGAAAUCCUUCACGCUAGAAAAGAAUAUCGUCGAAGAAUUCCUCGAAGUCUAUCGGGGAAUAUUACCAGAGUACUACAAUAGAUCUGCUUAUCCUUAUUAUGGCUAAUAAUGUUUUUUUCCGAGGUUCUUGUACUACUUUACAGACUUCAUAUCGACCGUCACCGUCAGCGUCACCUUCAUAUUCUUGUAUUUCAAUUUGCUUGUCCCGUACUACUACUACUAAGUCUUACGACGUUGCGGAGUAUUUGAGGGAAGUGCAAGUACCCACUAGAAUUUAUCAGCAGCAAAAAGCAGGAAAAUGAUUACUUUUCUUUUUGCGACCUUGCGAAGGGACGGAAUUUGUGUGCGAAAUCAAGGUAGAAUCCCCAAUCAUGAUGCGUCCAGGUUUCACGAUUUAGUUGAGGAGUUAGCCGCAGGGACUUGUUUGGUGAUGGAAGUGCGACAGGAGGAUGCCGUGAACACUUUCAGUAUUGAGCUACUUAAGUACAAGUUUGAUUUUGGCUAUGCAUCGCUAAGACAUUUCAAGAUCAUAAUUUAUUUUGACACUGACAAUCACAAAAUCCAGAUAAUUAUAGUUACACUCUUUAAGUUUAACUAUGAGCAUAUUAAAUAACACACUGAAAAAGCGUAUAAGAGGAAAGAAACCUCAUCCUUCCACAUCAUUUGUAGGGCAACUCGUUGGUCCACUGGAUCCGGAGGUAGGGCAGCACCUUAGACCGAAGACGUUGCGUGCGAAGUAUGGCGUGAACCGGGUAGAAAACGCGGUACACUGCACGGACCUUAGCGAGGACGGACUACUUGAGGUUGAGUAUUUCUUUAACAUCCUCUACAAUAGGAAGCUCUAGUACGACGAGGACAAGAACGCAUGUAGAGAGUAAAAUAAAGUAGUCAAAGUUACGCCAAGUUGAUGUAGAAUAAUGGAAAUUAUCGGACUUCAACGCUGAACUUGAAAUAUGGUGACACGAGGCGAUUCUGCUUGCCUAAUUAUCCCGAUUGUAGAUGCAUCUUCUGUGAUUGGCGUAUCCCAGAGGAGACGUGAUAUCCACAAUGAUGAGCAUCACGCAUCAGGCAGGGGUGGUUGGCUCUCAGUCUGGCAUCGUGAAAAAGCACAAAAGCGGAUUAAGUGACUAUACACAAUUCUUCCAACUAGUUUUGAUCUUAUAGUACUGACAUUUCGACAUCUACAAGUAUUUGAGUUCUCAUCUUAGACCGGGGGCAGGGACGCUCCUCCUUGCAUGCAGAAACGUCUUUGAAGGAGUAGCAAACCAUAACUACGACAAUAUCAAUAAUAAGAGUAACAAAAGCACAUCGAAUAUUUAAAUUGAAGAAGAGAAGAUAGACGACCAUAUUCACAUCCUUCAAACAUCACGAAUAAAUUGUCUUCUUACGAUUACAUUCUGAAAAUCCAAUCGAUUUUACUAGAUCGUUCUGAGAUUAUGAGUAUAUGAAUGAUGGCGUUUCCCCAUUCGCAUCAGUUCCAAAGGGAAUGUAUAUUCGAUAGAGAAUGCUUGACGGUGCUAGCGGGAUCCUGAAGAUGAUGGAGUAGACCAUCCCUUCGCCUCUGUUUUUCCGCACGACCAGUGGCGUCCGAGGUCGUGCUAGUGGCCCUCUGGGCUGCUUUGUUCACUUGCUAAUGUACCAACCCACAUACUUCGAAGUGAAGAGAAUCAAGGAGGAACAAAUUACUAGGGAGUACUGAGAGCGAAGAGGAACUAGCAUUGAAUUUGCAUUAUCUUGUCUAUAGAAUCAUUUCUUAUUUGAUGUCAUCGUAUUGAAUGCACAUUUGUACAGACUGAAGACGACUUCCGCCCGAGGACCAGGACUUCCAGCGCAAAUACGCUUUUGGAGGUGGGAUUAGCUAGUGCCUCUCAACAAAUAUUACAUUCACGCUGCAUGAUGAAAUUAAUGCGGAUCACCGCACGCGAACUGGGAAAGCAACCAGUUAUUUUCAUUCAAACACC